UCGCCGGGCGGGGGCCGGUCUUACUGAGCGAGGGCACCACCGCGUCGUGUUGCGCCGAGCGCUGCGCCGCCAGAGUGGCGUGAAGCCCAGCGCUGCUGCGCUCUGCGCGACGUUGACUUUGGCCGGCGUCCGAGGCCGAUGCGGUGUUGAGCUCGUCGGUCCUGGGACGAUGGUGUGUUGUUGAGCUCAGAGGUCAGUGGAGCUGGUGCGCCAGAGAGGUCCACCCCCUCCGGGACGGUGAAGCGUCAAGCUCGGCCGACUCCCGACACCACGGGACUUCAGCGCGCGGCCGGACGUCGCCAUGGCGCUGACCAAGAACAAGCACGCCAGUAGCGCGCUCGGCUUCGCCACCCUCGUCAAGGGUGGACUGGAGGACAUGGAGGAGAAGGCGGUGCGCAAGUGGUGUUCAUGGAUGCUGAGGCGGCAUGUUCAAGGAAACUCGGGUAGGGCCAAGACCUCGGACGCCAACCGCUUUGUGGACAGCGCGCUGGAGUUUGCCAGGAGUAUCAUCAAGAAUGAAGGACUGGACCCGCUCAAGGUGGCAGAUGACGAGACGCUGUUCGAAGAAAAGCUGUUCUUCAUUCGGCUGUCCGCCUCCGUGACGUUCCUGGCCACCUCGCUGAAGGGCCUCUCAACGCUCCGGAGGAAGGGCGACGCAUCGCUGGAGCUGGAUGGAGACUGGCUCUCCCUGCAAACCCAGCUGACCACGACUAAAAUAGAGUGCAUGUCGAACUGCACAGCCAAGUUUAUGGACCUCGGGCCGAACUUUGACCUGACCGUGGACGUGGACGCGGUCACCGUGAAGAUGAAGGCGCGCAUCAACACCUCCACCAUGCAGAUCAUCAUCCCUCGUUCGAGGUGGUCCACGUCGGGGACGUGGACGCCGAGUGCGACGGCCUCUUCCCGAUCGACUCGCUCCUGGCAGCCAUCAGCGAGCUGUUCAUCAAGCGCUGCAAGGACAGCAUCGUCAAGGUGUUCGAGUUCGAGGCGCAGUGCCAGAUGGAAGCGGCGCUGAAGCGGCUCGACUUCACGCAGAUCGUGCGCUCGUACGGCCGCAGCUACUUCCGCAGCGCCACAGACGUGGUGCGCCACAACGUGCCCGUGCCGCGAUUGCCUUGAGGCGGCGCCGCCACGGGCUCGGCGGCGCCGCCCAGGCUCCGAGUGUGACGCUGCGCUGUUGCGCGGCUGGGCGUGUUCAGGCUCGACUCUCCGCGAGCGGGCCGGGCCCUUCCGGCGCGGAGGGCGGUGGGACAGCUGGGAGUGUUCCAAUGCCAAUGCGAGUCGUCCUGCGGCAGCACGAGGCCUGAAACAGUCCCGUGUUGGGAUGCGACCACGUAUCCCACCACGUAUGAACGUGCCCAGUGUGGCGACGAGGGCCUCGCCUCGAUUCCACAUGGCCUGAUGACCUGGGGUUGACAGCGAACGGAAUCUGAAUCAUGCGCCUACGGGUUGCCCAGUGCAUCCACCCACGUGCCGGAUCACCACGGGUCAGCCCGUGCGGAGAUGUGCAGAUGUGCUAUGGAGAGACCUCGGGUGUGAAGGAGGCUCGAGUGCAAUGUAUCGACAAGGUCCAGAUACUGCGGGGAGACUGCAAACUAAUAUCACGAUGCGCGCUGUGGAAUGACAGAUAUGAAGAUGGCGUCAGCUCGCAUUUACGGAGAAAUGACAGGGACGAACGCUUUAUGAGGCCGUGUGCGCGAAAACUAUGAGCUCUCCAGUAUGCGACUUAUAACAAAUAUACGCAAAUAUGAAUGCGA